CUGCAGUUUGUGGAGUUCUGUGGGACUUUAACAGAAGAGACCCCGGAAGUGAUCAAUUUCCUACAGAGAAAGUACAGCAAGGCCUUUCCAGAUUAUCUGGCCUCCACGGAGUUCCGCAACGUGCUGGGCCGUUGUCUCACCCGGGUUCAGGGCAAGAAAAGCAAAGUGUUUGUUUACAUCAAUGAGCUCUGUACGGCUCUGAAAGCCAACUCUCAAAAAACCAAACAGGCCUUGGCCAGCAGGGAGAACUCCAAGAAGGCAGUGUCUGAGCCAGGCAGUCCGUCAGCCCAGGAUGGUAAAGAGCCGGGCAUGUGUCCGGCUCAGAGUAACGACCAGUCAGCAGAUCCAGCCUCAAUGUCAGUGUCUCAGUCUGACCCAGCCACGAAGAAGCGGACAGGCAGUGGAUCCCGGCGUCAGAUCCGCUACUUGGAGAACCUCCUGAAGGUCUACGCUGACGAGAUCAAGCGCCUGCAGGAGAAGGAGCUGGACCUGAAGGAGCUGGAGGACGAGGACUCCUCAUACAUCCAGGAGCACCGGCUGAAGAAGAAGAUGGUGAAGAUCUUUGAGAAGCUGUGCGAGCUGAAGAACUGCUCGAGCCUGACGGGCCGGGUCAUCGAGCAGCGCAUUGCUUUCACUGGCACCCGGUACCCCGAGAUCAACCGCAAGAUCGAGAGGUUCAUCAACAAGGAGGAUCACUUCCCCGAUUACCAGGAUGUCCGUAACAUCAUUCAGAAAGUCAGCAUCAAGCACUCACUGGGCCUCAGGCAGAGGCAGAUCCAGAGUAUGGCACAGGACGUGUUCCGAGAGGUGGGCAACCGUCUCCAGGAGCGGCGCCACCUUGACCUGGUGUACAACUUUGGCAGCCACCUCACCGACGAUUAUAAACCAGGGAAAGACCCAGCCAUGGUGGACCCCACCUUGGAGAGACGGCUGCGGUCGAACCGCACAGUGGCUCUUGGGCGCCUGGAUGAGGUGGUGAAGAAAUACGCCGAGCUGCAGGACAUCAGCGAAAUCGAGGAAGAGGAGAAGAGAAAGAAGAAGAAACUGCUGCAGUCAGCGGUCACCUCCACUUCCGAAACAAACACAGAGGAAGCCGAGGAGGGACGGGACAUGGUCCAAAAGGUGAGCGAGACACAAGGGCAAGAACCCGAGGAAGAUCAGGAUGGUGGUGGCUCAGAUGAUCAGGAGGAGGAGGAAGAUGAAGAGGAGGAGGAGGAGGACCUGUCGUCAGAUCCUGAUAUCGAGGAAGAACUGUCAAAGAUCGAGGAGGUUGUCGCAACAGAGGAGGAACCACAUGAAG